AGUUAUUCUAUUCUUGAAACCCAGAUGCACAUUUGGAUUUUUGCGCUCUUUGGGCUUUUGUGCCCACUAUUCAUUAUGGGACGCCCAAGUUUCGGUCGGUAGAUCUGCGAACUACCAGUCAUUUUUUCUGCUGACUACAAGUGUCCCGAGCAAAUAAAUUUUAUUCGCACCUGAUUAUACAUUGAUUUAACGGCUGAGAGCGGUUGAGAGCAAAGCACUAAAAUUAUUGUUCACAAAUAUUUAUAAAUAAAAACCGCACGGAAGCCGUUUCAGUCGCCUGUGCUCAUCAUGGCCAACAUGAUCGUCAACCUCUCAUUUAUUUUCUUUUUCUUGGGUGGUAUUAUCCAUCUCAAUGAAGCCCAGACAACGGAUUGUUCGAAUUCGUGUAUGCUUCGAGCAAGAUGCACUCCUUACUACAAGGAUCUGGUCUGGUCAGUGGUGGAUCGCGUCUGUCGGGUCUUCCAGAACGGUUGCAUCUUUGCCAAUGAAAACUGCAUGAGAGCCAAUCGCUGCUUGCCACCCAUGGUAGCCACCACAAAGGAGGAGUGUACGAAGGAGAUCUACUGUCCAAGGUGGUGUUCCCGGGGAGGUCCGCCAGUCUGCGCAUGGUUUCCCUAUACGGACAGUAAUGGGAAUACCGGGGGUCGAGACAUGUCAUUCGGAAGUCGCUGUCUACUAGACAUGUAUGCCUGCCGUAAUGAACAGGCCUAUGUCAACGAACCACGGAUCGGAUCGUGCACAUAAAAUAUUUAAAUAAAUAUUAAAAUAUUUACCAAUAUAUGCGAGCUAAA